AUGGUUGAGGUAGUUCAUGGUAUCUCCGAUGCAAUUACUGAUGAUGAUUCGACCCCGUCUCUUUCGUCUCCGAUGCUUCUUGUAAAUUCAAGUCAUCUCGCUGAAGAUCCUAUUACUGCUACACGUCGUACAGCAGCCACUAAGCGCACUCUGAUGAAAAUGCGGGCUUCCAGGAAUGCAGCUAAUAGGGGCCCGUUAAGUGAGUCUCCAAGUGACGAGUCGAAAAGUCCAAGUUCGCCAAACUCAUCUGCUGAUGAAGAUCCAAAACGCUCGAAGGCAGACAAGUCCAUGAACGAUGAAUCAGAUCCUUGUAAAUAUAGUCCCAACAAACCCUCUCGUGGUAGUAUUCCUGGCAAUGGCCAAGCUGGGUCCAUCUUCCAACGCAGAAUGCGAAAUCAUUCUGCUCCUGUCUCCCUAACUCCGGUUGACGGCUCUAAGAGUUCUACGGAGAUAGUUUGCGAUUUAUCCCGAAUACCACAGAAUCGUUUACAGAUGCUUUUAGAGAUAGAACCACACUAUCGUCCCACCAAUGCAUUCCUUUACUACGUUGAUCCAAUUGCGGACGACAAAGUCGAUGCAAAUCUUCGCAAUGAAGCUGUACAUAGUCUUCGUUUCAUGCAUAAUGCGUUUUUUACUCUCUCCGCUGAGGCUUUCUGUAAAGCUGUCAAUCUUAUCGACCGCUUCAUUGUCAAAGUCAAGGUUAAACCAAAGUACAUGGCUUGUGUUGCAGCCGCGUCCUACCACAUUGCUGCGAAGCUUGUGGAAUCGGAAUCAGGCAUUCCACCUGCUGAAUCACUGGUUCAGAUCUCACACUGUGGAGGGACAGCUGCAGAUCUCUUGAGAAUGGAGCAGAUCAUGGCUUCAAAGUUAGGAGGAGAUCUAAACGGUGUUAACGCCUUCGAUUUUCUACGUCUUUUCGCUUCAGCAGCGCUUGUUUUGCCAGAAGGCACAACAGCAAGUUCGAGGGAUGCUGAGAGUCCACAGGGUCAGCUUCUCUUGCCUCCCAAUUCGCUCCCAAACUCUGAUGGCUCUGAAAUCACCCCAAACAGAGGUCGUCAGAGUAGAAGAAUGUAUGAUAUUUGGAAUGCAAUGACGAAUAGACUGGUAGUGGCCCUCUGUUCCCUCGAAAUCUAUCGUUUCACGUAUCAAGUUGUCGCUUUAGCCGUAUUGCACCAUUUCAAUGUUGCUGAAGUCGAGUCCCUAGCUGAACUAUGCAAGGCUCAGAUGGAUGAAGUGCUUCAGUGUUCCGCUUUGGUAGAAGAGCUCUACGACGUCUUCUAUCGUGAUUCUCAUCCAAGUCGUAAAGCGCUGGCCUGGACUCUCUCCAAGCGCACUCUAAUGCGUCUUGGGUGUUCCAGUCCUACAACGCUGGAUACUAUAUCAGAAGACGCGGAGACGGACAGGGAGGACAAGCUUCAAUUCAUGUUUGAGCCCUAA